CACCGGAAGUAAAGGGGUGUGUCUACGUGUAUAUGUGUUUUUUUUCCCUCUCUCCCUGCAUCUCUUGUAGGAACCACGAAGGCAGAAGGACGAAAAGAUAAUGGAGUUCCACAGCAGUGAGGAGGUCAACACUCAGUGGAAACCUCCCCUAGACUACACCACCAACACCACCACCAUAUCCAAAUCUGUCACUCAACGGGUAUCAGAGAGCAGCUCACACACAGAGGCGAGCGACACAGACGGGUUUCUGCCCUGUCAAUCAAAGUCUUUAGUGGAUAACGAGGAGUUCUCCAGCACAGAAACGAAUAACGAGCAGGAUUCGAGGAACGCUUACGGUCCCUUUUCCAGAUUACACAACAUUUAUUCCUCGGAAGACAGCGAUGAAGACGUGUGUGCCUCCAGACUGAGGAAGACUAAGAGUAUUUUGGAUGAGUUAUUUACUGACGAGUCCAACGACUCUGCGUCAGACAGUGGAGAGGAUCUUCCUUCGAAACCCGGAGAUGAAAGCGACGGGAGCAGCUCGGACAUCAGCGAGUGCCCUCGACCGAGCGCGAGUACUCAUCGGGGGUCAAAGGUUGACGGUGUGGCUGUAAACAAGACGGAGAAAACCGAGGAUGGGAGGAGAGUGUAUAAUAAAAAGCACUACUGCCUGUUUUGCUCGAAACCUUUCAGCAAAAUCGCGAGACAUUUGGAAGACAUUCACUCAAAGGAAGAGGAAGUCUCGAAAGCGUGCAGUUUCCCAAAAGGUUCCAAACAGAGGAGGAUUUAUUUGGACGAGCUCCGUCUCAGAGGGAAUUACAUCCACAAUAUAGCCGUGCUGAAAUCAGGGAAAGGCGACUUGAUCCCGUAUAAACGGCCGCGAGGGGAAAUGAAAGCGAGUGACUUCAUGCACUGCCCGCACUGUCAGGGCUUGUUCACCAAAAAAGUCCUGUGGAGGCACAUGAAGGUGUGUAAACUGAGUCCUAAAGAUUACGUCCCCAAACCUGGGAAGAACCGCGCGCUCUCUCUGUGCGCCGCCACACAGCCGGUACCUCGCAACAUCAGUCCAGAGCUGUGGAAGAUUUUAAGCGUCAUGGUCUCAGAUGAAAUCACAGAAGCUGUAAAAAACGACAGCUGCAUCAUCCAAAUGGCGGAACACUGGCUCCGGAAGAGCGGAGAAUCUCCGAACAGUCAGUGCUUCAUCCGGCAGAAGUUACGAGAAUUAGGAAAACUGCUGCUCAGCGGCCGGAAAGUGACCUCUCUCAGGAAACUGGAGGAUUUUAUAGACCCGUACAACUGCAUGCAGGCGGUGGAAGCCGUGCGGCAUGCGUGCGAAUACAACAGCGAGAAAAACACCUACAAAAUUCCGUCCCUCGCUAAAAAACUGGCCAUUUGCCUGGCGCAGCUUAGUCGCCUCAUACGGACUAAAGUGGUGAUGCCGAAAAACGUGAAGCUGGCACGAAAACUGCAGAACUUCCAAAAAAUCCACGAGGAACGCUGGAACGACUUGUUGUGCGCCACGGUGUUGAGGAACUCCGAAGACGAGGAGGUGAAAUUUAAACCUCCGACGCUGCUGGCUUUCACAGAAGAUGUUCAGAAGCUCCAUGCGUUCCUGGACAAAGCACAGGACGAGUUCACGGCACAGUUAUCCGCAGAGUCGUCCACUAAACACUGGUCGGAUUUGGCGAAAGUUGCUCUGACGCAGAUCAUUCUGUUCAACCGGAGCCGGGAAGCUGAAGUGGUGAGCAUGACACUGGAGACAUUUUUAUCCCGAGACAACACCGAUCCUGCCACAGACAUCGACUGGGCUCUGACCGAGGUCGAGAAACAACUCUGCCGCCAUUUUUACAAAAUCAUCAUUCGGCGAGACGGAGCGCGUCCCAUUCCCAUCUUACUGACUCUGAAAAUGCUACGCGCCCUGCAGCUGCUGGUGGAAAAGAGAGAAUCCUGUGGCGUGAUGAAGGACAACACUUACGUCUUCGCCCGGCCCUCUGCCUCGUCUCAUUUCCGGUGCUCGGACUGCGUUCGAGGCUUCGCGUUGAUUUGUGGAGCGAAGGAUCCUCAAGCGCUGACUUGUUGGAAAUUGCGGAAGCGAAUGGCAACGCUGUCCACGGUGCUGAAUCUCGGAGACCCGGAAAUAAACCAGUUAGCAAGCUUUCUCGGACACGAGCUAAUCAUCCAGGAUGAGUUUUACCCCCUGCAUGAAAGGACACUACAGCUGGCAAAAGUGCACAAGGUGCUAACGGCAAUGGAGCAGGGACGAAUGAUGGAGUUCAUGGGCAAGAACUUCUCAGAUAUCGAUGUUCAACCGGAAGAGAAGGUUGAUCUGAGCAGCGACAAAGUAAAGAAUAGCUGGGAAUGUUCAGGCGUGUUUCCAGGCACUUGUCCAGGAAAAAAAGCAGCUCAGAAAAAGAGGAAACCGUGGAGCGGGCCUGAAAUCCAGGCCGUGGAAAAGCACAUGAAGGAUUACAUCACUUCCUGUCGAGUCCCAGGUAAAGCAGCGUGCGAAAACUGCUUAAGCGCCGAGCCUUUAAUGCUUAAAAAGAGAGACUGGCAGAGUGUCAAGUUCUACAUCUACAACCGCAUCAUGGCACAGAAGAGAGACGCCAGCCACAAAGUCUGAAAAGAUUUGUUUGAUUAUUUUUAAAUGUAAAAAAAAAAAACCCAUUAUGCUAAUGCGUUUAAUCUGCAGCAUUAAAACAUGUGCAAACUUCUUAAAUCUGUAUGUUACAUUAUCACAGGAGUCAUUACUUAGAGGACCAGGAAAGUGUUUUAGCAGAUCGAACUGAAAAAAUACAGAAAUAAAUCUAUAAAACAAACCUGACCACAGAUCACCAACUGUAGUUACAAGGCUAAUCUUUAUAAUUAACAUCACAGCUUCACACUAGGGGUUGACGAGUCACAUGUGUUGCUUGAUGUUUGUCUCUUGUGGGCCUGGACUGUCCAGCGUUUUUAGUUCUGCUGAGAAAUGUUAGUAGCUGUAUAUCACUUCUGAAGCUAGCUAAUUAAACACAAAUUAGCUAGCUCACUAAUCAGUUGUGUGAUUUAUUUGUUACGUGCUCAGCUUCAUUCUCAGAUUAGAUUAGCAAAGCUAACUACCUGCACUAGCUACGCACACUCACUUCCUUCCAAGCUUCAUUUUUCUUCCUAACGUUUGGAUUUGUUGCAUCUUUACAUCAUCAGAAAAUGAAGAAAACCUCACUUGAAAUGUCUCUUUGUUGUUUCAUGUUGCACACAUACGUAGAAAACUAACAAUUGCUUUGUCGCUCGCCAUCAGCUCGAGCGGAGUCCAUUAAAUUUUUUUCCUCAACCGCAAGCACACCUUUUACUUCUAAUCUACAGGCUUCUACCUUUCUUUUUUUAACCUCUAGACCAAUCAGGCAAACGAGUAAAAACAAACAUGGAUGCUGAUCUUCCAGUGUAGCUAAAAAUAAUGUGUUUCUGAGACGUUACGUGACACAACAUCGCACAAACAACUCCAAUUCAAACAACCUCCUCCUUAUCUAUACCAAUCUACAUUUAAUCCGAGAAUGAUAAAUCUAGUCUAGAGAAAAAGCUAGGGUACACCGUUAGCUAGUAAUCGCAGUGUCUGGUUAAGAGUGUUGUCAAGGUUACAGUGUGAAAGCAGAUGAAAUGAACUGCAGUGUUGUAUCUCCGCUUUAGCACUCAUGCUGUGCGUCAUUGUGUAUUAUCAUCAUCAUUAUUAUUAUUAUUAUUAUUAUUAUUAUAACAAGUAAGUCUUAUUGAUCCACAGUACAUUCAAAACCCUGCAUCUUUUCCCCUAACUCUUUAUGCAACUGAACUCUCCGAUUUAAAUUCUGUCUUAUGAUUUUGUGGGUAAAGUGAAUAAUAAAAUUGUAGCGUUGUUACUUCGUUAAGGCGUAACCAUUCACCCUCAUGUCAGAUUUGUGUCAAUAAAGCGAUAUGACUAGCUGUAGCUGUGGCUGUACGUGUGGAUGUAAAGAAACUUUUUCACACUUUAUUAUCAUGGUAUUAUCACACCGCAUUAAAAUCAACACCAUGUUUAAAGCUGGACUGCAUGAUUUCUGUUUGUUUAUGUAACACCACCAUGUUUCAGGUUUUAAUAAUAAAUACAAUGAACACUCUUG